AUGGCGCCGAUAGCCUCAUCUCCCCAGUCUUGCUCUCUGGAGGCGCGCGGGCGAAGGUCGCGUCGGAGUGCGCCGGCGCGAGAGGGUGGAGCCGUCUCCAAGGCAACCCGCGCGCAACCCAGGCAGCUCUGCCGGGCAGGACACCCGGAUGCUGCGGCCCUGGCGACAGGCGGGGCUGCGAGUGCCGAGGGGCCUGGGCGGCCCGGGCCGCUGCAGGACGAGACCCUGGGCGUGAUAUCUGUGCCCUCGCAAUGGAGGGGCGUCCAGGGCAUCCGCGGGGUGACGAAAAGUUGCCAGACAGACAGCCUUGCUACAGCGGAAGCGUCUUCCCAGACCCGGAAGCGUGCAGAUGCCGAGGUGCAGACCGAGGCCCGCAUGCCUGUCAGUGUGCCAUCUGGGUCCCGGCCUGACAGCCCCCGGCUUGCAGCCUUUCUUCAGAGAGUGGAGGGCAUGGUUAUCCGAGAGCUGAACAAGAAUUGGCAGAGCCACGCAUUUGAUGGCUUUGAGGUGAACUGGACCGAGCAGCAGCCUACGGUGACCUGCCUGCACACCCUGGGCUACCCCCCAGCCCAAGGGCAGGGUCUGCAUGUGACCAGUGUCUCCUGGAACACCACCGGGUCCGUGGUGGCCUGUGCCUAUGGCCGGCUGGACGACGGGGACUGGAGCACACUGAAGUCCUUUGUGUGCGCCUGGAACCUGGACCGGCGUGGCCUGAACCCCCGGCAGCCGUCGGCAGUGGUAGAGGUGCCCAGCGCUGUCAUGUGCCUGGCCUUCCACCCCACGCAGCCAUCCCGCAUUGCAGGGGGACUGUACAGUGGUGAGGUGCUGGUGUGGGACCUGAGCCACCCUGAGGACCCGCUGCUCUGGCGCACGGGCCUGACGGACGACACACACACAGACCCCGUGAACCAGGUGGUUUGGCUUCCGGAUCCGAGGCACGGCCACCGCUUCCAGGUGCUGAGUGUGGCCACCGACGGGAAGGUGCUGCUUUGGCAGGGGGUCGGGGCGGGCCAGCUGCAGCUCGCCGACGGCUUUGCCCUGGCGGUGCAGCAGCUCCCGAGGAGCACCAAGCUGAAGAAGCCUCCGCGGGGGGAGACUGAGGUGGGCGCCACAGCGGUGGCUUUCUCCAGCUUUGACCCCAGCCUUUUUGUUCUGGGCACGGAAGGCGGCUUCCCACUCAAGUGUUCCCUGGCAGCGGAAGAGGCCGCCCUCACACGGGUGCCUCACUCAGUGCCUCUGCGGGCCCCGGUCCAGUUCACCUUCUCUCCCCACGGCGGUCCUGUCUACUCAGUGAGCUGCUCUCCCUUCCACAGGAAUCUCUUCCUGAGUGCAGGGACCGACGGCCACGUCCACCUGUACUCCAUGCUGCAGGCCCAGCCCCUGGCGUCCCUGCAGCUGUCCCACAAGUACCUGUUUGCCGUACGCUGGUCCCCAGUGCGCCCUUUGGUGUUUGCCGCUGCUUCUGGGGAAGGUGACGUGCAGCUGUUUGAUCUCCAGAAGAGCUCCCAGAAGCCCACAGUUUCAAUCAAGCAGACCCAGGAUGAAAGCCCUGUUUACUGUCUUGAGUUUAAUUGCCAGCAGACCCAGCUGCUGGCUGCUGGUGAUGCCAAGGGCACAGUGAAGGUAUGGCGGCUGAGCACCGAGUUCACCGAACAGGGGCCCCGGGAAACGGAGGGCUUGGACCAGCUGGCAGCAGAAGCAGCCCCCUGAGGACAACAAAGCCACAGCGGGGCCCCGGGGGGAGCGUCCCGAAGUACGGAGGCCUGUGGGAUGGGCUGCAUUUGGGCUGCUCUGUAUUUCUGACAGAAGCUGAAUGAAGCCAAGACACA